CCAUGGCGUCUACAAGUCUUGCUAUAUUCCACGGAUGCGAGUCUAUUGCAAAUCGAACAAUACUAAAGUUUUAGUGUUAUAAAGUAUCAUAAUAUAUGAAAAGUAUGCAACCGAAAGCUAGUGUCUUCUAUUUUAGUUGUCAUGCAUGCUAGCUAGUUGGGCAAGGACAUCUUAGUGAUCUGGUUUGAAGAUGCAGAAGUUGAUGCAUCAUCCGAGCCACCCAGGGCACUGGCUCACAUAUGUUUGGUACCCACUUGGGUUUAUAUGCGACGGUUGCGGAGAGGGUGUGCAGGGGAAUGGGUAUAGAUGUGCUGCUUGCAAUUUUGAUCUGCAUGAAUGCUGCGCCACGGCUCCUCCAGUUUUGGACCAAAGUUUCCAUGGUGGGAACGGCAAUUGGGUCCAACUCCAAACGCUGCCUCCCUGUGGAAGUCAGAUGCAGUGCUCGGAGUGUGCACACCGUGUGUCAGGAUUGGGGUACUAUUGCAGAAGCAGCUCCUGUGGGUACGCUCUUCACCCAACCUGUGCAUUGCUUCCCAGGCGCCAUACUCAAGUAGAAAUAGCUCCCAAAGCCCAUGCUGAAGUGGGAACAGUUCCUCUGCAACCAGAUCUGAAAUUUGAUGACAGAGAUGACCAUCAUCAUAGUGGUCGCGGAAUGGCUUUACGCGGUGGUAAAUUUCUGGGGAAACUGGCAUUUGGAGUAAUUACGGGAGACCCCACAAGUAUUGGAGGCGCCUUGGCUGACUUGGUUUUAUCUGAUUGAUGGGAGAUUUUUCAAGGAUAUGACCAUUGGUGCGUGUCAUCAUGCCAGAAGAUCAACUGCAAUCUGCAUUUAACUUGAUUUUGAAAUUGAGUUGUACGUUGGUUGUUUUACAUGAAAUUGAUUUACAAGGAUUUCUGAAAUUUAUGAUUUUGAAAUUGAGCUGCUCUACGAGCAUUUUGGUUAUUUUAGCUGUAGGUAAGAUGGAUUUAAAUAUUUUUUU